AUGGGUACUGCAGCGUCGAGCUUCGCCAAAUUUGCAGAUAAUGACAAGCAAAGAAGAGCUAACGAUGUAAUCAACAGCCUCGUUGCCCUUGCAAAUGAGCGCAAGGAGAGUUUUCGAGAGAAGAUACGAUCAGAGGAGGAUUCCAAAAGUGUCCCCAUCAACAAAAUCAUUCAUGAAUAUCAAUUCAUGCAGCUUGGUGUAACUAAUGACCCGCAGGCUAUCAGUACUGCUAUAUCAGGUGCUUUGAGCGGGUUCAUCUCUGGAGAAAUACUCCCAGGCAUAACAAAGAUCGCGGGAUCUGCGUUGGAUAUCUUAUUCGGGAACUAUUCAGCGAAUCAAUCAUCGACUUCUACGUAUACUAUAUCCACAGGCAGUUUGGGUGGUGUAAAAAGGAUUGACACGGACUUCUUUUCAUACCAGUUCACCUCAAAAAAGAUAACAGAAAUUACUACGAACGUAGUGGUUGCGUCUGUUGUCAUAUCGUCGGCCAAACUUGAUGGGAUGAAAAAGAACGACGUGACCGUUAUCGUCCAGAUGCUCUAUAAGGACGCCUCUCAUGAAGAGAGAACUAUGAUUCGAGACAAAAUUUGGGAGGAAAUAGAGAAAGAAAAGGCCGAAGAUCUGAGGAUCGAAGACGACGAAGACGACGAAGAAGAAGGAGAAGGAGAAGAUGCCGAUGAAAUCACAGAAUUAUUGGAAAAGUUAGGGAUAGAUGAACACAAGUUGUCAAGGGCCGAUAAGCUGCAAUUCAUGGAAAUGUUAACGAGUCAGAAAAUGCGGGGUGGCCAUCACAAGCUUUUCUCGCAGAGGAAGAAGUAA